AUGCCUGCUUUCCCUGCUUAUGACACCAAUUCCUCAACCUUUCUCCUAGCAGGCUUUCCUGGCUUGGAACGAGAAUAUCCCUGGAUUUCCAUUCCUUUCUCCUGUAUCUAUGCUAUGGUACUCUCAGGGAAUUGCCUGGUGCUGCAUGUGAUCUGGACGGAGCCAAGCCUACAUGAACCCAUGUUCUACUUCCUGGCCAUGCUGGCCCUCACUGACCUGUCCACAGUGCACACGGUGCUGGGGGUUCUGUGGGGCCUAAGCCAGGAAGUCAGCCUGGAUGCCUGCAUUGCCCAAACUUACUUCAUCCAUGGUCUGUCCCUCACAGAGUCUGGAGUCCUUCUUGCCAUGGCUUUUGAUCACUUUACAGCAAUCUGUAAUCCUCUGAGAUACACAUCCAUACUAACAAGUGCCAGGAUCAUGAAAAUUGGACUGGGAAUUCUCGUUAGGAGUUUUCUGUUCAUCAUUGCUCCCAUAAUCCGCCUAAAGUUUUUUCGCUAUUGCCGUUCCCACAUCCUUUCUCACUCUUUCUGCCUCCACCAAGACCUACUGAGACUCGUAUGUUCUGACAUCCACUUCAACAGUUUCUAUGCCUUGGCUCUGGUGAUUUGUAUCCUUUUGUUUGAUUCUGUGUUAAUUAUUGUAUCCUACAUUCUGAUCCUGUAUUCUGUCUUGGCUAUUGCAUCCCGGGAGGAGCAGCUCAAGUCCUUGCAGACCUGUGUCUCCCACAUCUGUGCUGUUCUGGUUUUCUAUAUCCCAAUUAUUGGUCUCACCAUGGUGCACCGCUUUGGAAAGCACCUCUCUCCUGUGGUCCAUGUCCUCAUGGGCAACAUCUACAUCAUCUUCCCACCCCUGAUGAACCCCAUCAUCUACAGUGUGAAGACCCAACAGAUCCGAGGCAGGAUUCAGAAGUGGUUCUCCAUGAAGAGGGAAUAA